UGUAAGUGUGUAAGUGAGUGUCCUCAUGGCGUGUGAUGGCUCCUACACUGUGGUUAUCGUCCCUUUGCAGAACAGUCUGUACAGCCUGGACGCACUGCGAUUCUUCCACUGGCUAAGGCAACUAAAGGCUCUGGAGCGGGAGAAGGACAGUCUGUGGAUGGGCCUGCAGGUUCUGGAAGAGACCAGACUCUGGUAUCAGCACCAACUGGAGAACAUCUCAGAAAGACACGCCAGGAUUGGCACAAGAGAUCAGGAGGAGGAGGAGGGCUGGUCAUGUGCUCUUCGUUGUCGGGUGCAGCGUGUAAACGGCAGUCUGGGCAGUUUGCUGAGUGAUGCAUGUGUGUGGAGCAGUUUGGCUCCUGAUGAGAGAGGCGGCUUGGACUGGGAGCUCCGCUGGAACAACGCCACGCUCACACAGGAGGUGAGUGAGAGGAAUCGGCAGAUUUCACUGUUGGAGCAUCAGAAAGAGAGUCUUAUUCAAGAGCACUAUGACAUGCACUAUGUGUGACUAACCCUUCCCAACACUCACACUCACACACACACUCACACACACACACACACACACACACACACACACACACACUUGGGUAUGACCUUUACUAAGUUGUAUUCAGUUCUGUUGAUCCUGAAUGCUGAAUUGGUGUCUUAUGGGCAAAAUAUCUGCAAACAGUCAUACUUUAACUUUUGUAAAUAUGUUUGAAAAACUGUACAUAAGAAGCAUUUUCAUAUAAAAUAAUAUAAUUUUAUUUUCUUGUUUGGUUAGAUAGUAUCACUUUAGCACUAAUGUGGGACUUAAUGGAAAACGUCCGUGGCUUACUGCAUAAACCACUGAUACUACUGAAGUUGCGACAGUAGAAAAGUGGACAGACAGAGCACAUGCAACUCCAAAACAACAGCACACACUCCUCCAAGAACAUCUGGCCUGUAACUGCUUGGUUCACCACUAGAGGGCAGUAGAGGACAAAAUGAACAAGCCAACGUGAAAAAGUUAUCCAACUUGGGUCAGUUUUUUUUUGCUGUCAAAUAUGUCCACUAGCACUGCUGCAAAACUGCACAGAAAAGCAAGCCAACUGUAUAAUUAUCAUUUUUAGCAUUUACAGUGGACCUGCCAUCAACAACCAUACGCUAUAUAAUCUGUG